GAUUUUGUGGGUGGGUUAAUUAAAGUAACCCCAGCAUUGCACCAGUCCCCUCCAUUGCCCUUAAUUUUCUUCCUCUUUCACUGUUUCAGAUCGAACUUCGCUAAGACAGGAAAAUGGAUCCUGAUGCAGUUAAAUCAACAUUGUCAAAUUUGGCAUUUGGCAAUGUAAUAGCAGCAGCUGCUCGUGAUUAUAAGAAGGAAAUUAUUGCUCAAGAGAAGUUAAAGUCGUCAAGUUCUUUCAAUGAAGAAGUUGAUCUUGAUGAGUUGAUGGAUGAUCCAGAGCUGGAAAAAUUGCAUGCAGACAGGAUUGCAGCUCUCAAGAAAGAAGCUGAAAAACGAGAAGCCCUACAGAGGAAAGGCCACGGGGAAUACAGGGAGAUAAGCGAGGGGGAUUUCCUGGGUGAAGUCACUGGGACUGAGAAAGCAAUUUGCCAUUUCUACCAUAAGGAGUUCUAUCGAUGCAAGAUAAUGGAUAAGCAUUUGAAGUCUCUUGCACCAAGGCAUGUUGAUACCAAAUUCAUCAAGCUGGAUGCAGAGAAUGCACCCUUCUUUGUUGCCAAACUUGGAGUGAAAACAUUGCCUUGUGUCAUACUUUUCAGUAAAGGGAUUGCAAUAGAUAGACUGGUUGGCUUUCAAGAUGUAGGAGGAAAAGAUGAUUUUGCCACUAGGACUCUUGAGAAUAUACUGAUAAAAAAAGGUAUAAUUAGUGAGAAGAAAGAUAACGAAGAUGAUGAAGAUGAUGAUUACCAUGAAAACAGUCAAAGGACAGUAAGAUCAUCUACCAAUCCUGAUUCAGAUUCAGAUUAAAAAACCGGAAACUGCAACUUUGGGCUUCAGUUACCUGUUUCUUUUGAAAUUCGGGCAUUUACUAUUAUUCUUGCUUGUUAUUUCUAUCCAUUAUAUCUGUAGUUUCAUUCUCCUCAUUGGAAAUUACUCAGGAACAUUUUUUAUCCUCUGAGAACUGAAAUUGCUAUCUGAUCCUGAUGCGAAAUGUGGAGUUAAAUGAAUAGCACUUUUGUUGCAACA